UGCUUGCCCCCAUCAUCUCCCUCAAGCUCUCCAUGCCUUGAAGAUUUCGUCGACCCAAGAAAACAUGGGAAAUUUUAAGAAAAUCAUUUCUGAUUAUUCCUCUGUGCCAGUAGGACGAUCGGUGGCUGAGAAGGCUCAUGUCAAACGGGCAGAUGCUGUAGAAGUUCUGAAGAGAUCUAGGGUAGAAUUUGAGGGAGGUGUAGAUGCACACGAGAGGUUACCAGCUCGAGGACCUACUUUACACUUCGAUGCAGCUCACUUUUGGGAUAAACCAGGGCUGAUGGAUGCUUUCAUGGAGAAGGACCGGGACUCUUCACCAGAUCCUCCAAGUUCACCAUUUGCACUUUCAGACAUCUUACCUCUGCCUCCACCUUCGUUACCAUCCUUUACUCUCCAUACGCCGGCAAGUUUUGAUAGAAGAUCGGAUGCUUCAAGUUCGACUACACCAUCACCAGCACGUUCUACCCAUAUACCUCACGAAAUCGAUACCCCAUCCUUCUCUUUAUCUGAUUCUGCUCGCAUUAGCUUCGUCAGGCAAACUUCUCCCCCUGCUUGCCCUCCCACCGAACCUUUGGUUUAUGAACGCUCAACGUCACGAAAGAAGUCGAAGUCACAGGGAAUACAGCUAACUCCCGCCACCAUGAAUGGACAGCGAACGUCUCGAAGAAGACCGAAAGCCACCAUUACUCCAGUCCGGAAGACUGCCUCGGAUCCGUUGGUGACAACGUCCAGUGUACGCGUCAUACGCUCUCCCCCACCCGGCAACUCUCCCUUCUCUACAAUAGACACCGUUGACCGGGACAAUCCUCUUGCGAAUGAGAAUGGAGACAGCACUGCGCCGCAUUCGAAAUGUACCAAGAAGUCCGAGAAGAAAACCAAAGCCAAGGUUAGAGCCAGAUCUGAAUGUCAAGAGGCGAAUAAGAAUGGAGAAAUAGAUGUUGAACGUCAAGAGAAGUGCAGCAUGCCUGCUUUGACAGAUUCCGAUGUAGAUCAACCUGCAGACGAAAGUACAGUAAUAGGUGUUGCGGAAAAUACGUCCCCGACUCCCAUGGAACACAGACCAACAAACUCAAAGCUCAACUUCUUGUGUGAGGAUCCUGGACCGAAAAUAGAGGUGCGGCAGGUCCUUUCUGCCGACCUUCGGGCUAGAUAUGAGAUGUUACACGCUCGAAUGAAGAUGGAGGCGGAGGCGAGUUGGGAGAACUUCGAGUUCGAGGGUGGGACUGCCGAUGUGAAAUGAGAUACGUAUGCAGUGUGGUUUGUCCUUGGGCGCCUUGUUUGUAUUAUUGCCUCG